UGAUGAUGCGUAGUUGAGGACUAGCAUCAUCAUGGUUGGCCUCAUGGUCACGUGCUCUCGCUCACCGCCGAAGAAGACAACGGUCAGCGCAAGAUGGACACAAAAAAGCAUGGACUGUUUGAUUUUCGGCAAAAUAAGGGCUCAACAUCGGCGUCAUCGUCAAAGAGCGCGCCUGAAGGCAGUGAGGCGAACACCCCGACUGUGUCGCUGAGGAGUUCAGGGUCCGAUACUUCCAGAGGCCAGACGUCGCACGAUGACAAGUGGACGGUGAUCUUGGGGCUCAUGGUCAUCAUCAUGGUCACCGUGUGUGCCUCGUACCUGGCCUGGGCCGUUCUUGUCGAAAAGGAGGCCAACCUGCCCUCAUUUCCUUCUUGGACUCCCGACAACGCUACAGAUGGUUACCCAUAA